AUGAGACGUACUCUAUUGAAUAAUGUCUCUCUCUACGCUCGCAAUCGCCUUCUCUCACCUCCAACCUGCAACCCUAAUCCUAGCUCCUCACUCGUCCCACUCGCCGCUUCGACUCGGUCCCUACUCAGGCUUUUCUCGUCCGAAGGCGACUCUUCCGCUGGAAGCUCCAAUCCGUCUGCUGAUUCGAGCGUGAUCCCAACCAACAAGAAAGAUGCCCCCGUUGAAGUCCAGGACAUCAAUAACAAAGAGCUGAAAGUGCGGAUAGAGAAAUACUUUAAGGGUGAUGAGGAGGCGCUUCCGGCGAUCCUAGAAGCGAUUCUGCAGAGGAAAUUGGCUGAGAAGCAUGAGGAAACAGAUGAUGAGCUGAUAGAUGAACUGCAAAUGAAGCCGCUGGAUAAUGUUAAGGACCAAGAGUUUGAAUCAGAUUUUGAGGAAAUGCAUGACACGGAUGAAGAGAUUGAUAACUUGUAUAACGCAAGGGAUAUAGUCAUGAACAGGAUGGUAAAAGAUGAGUACUACAACAUGGAUCAGAAUAAGUGGAAUGAUAUUGUUGAGGAUGCAAUUCAUCAUGGGAUUAUGAAGGAUACGAAAGAGUGUGAGGCAAUUCUUGAGGAUAUGCUUAGCUGGGAUAAGCUACUGCCAGAUGACAUGAAAAGGAAGGUUGAAAAGAAGUUCAAUGACCUAGGGGAUAUGUGUGAAAGAGGGGAACUUGAGCCUGAAGAAGCUUACAAGUUGUUUAAGGAGUUUGAGGAUGAGAUUGUCAUGGAAUAUGUGCAGAAGAUGGAAGCCGAUGGCCCCCCAAAAUUUGACGAGACUGCUGUACCGGACGAGAAAAAGGAUCUAGAUGACCCUCCAGGCGAAGGGCCAAUCCUUAGGUGGCAAACACGGGUAGUCUUUGCUCCUGGUGGUGAUGCUUGGCAUCCCAAGAAUAGAAAAGUGAAACUGUCUGUCACAGUGAAAGAACUUGGGCUUUCAAAGCAUCAAUUCCGUCGGCUCAGAGAAUUGGUUGGAAAGCGGUACAAUCCAGGGAAAGAUGAGCUUACAAUAACUAGUGAGAGGUUUGAACACCGAGAAGAAAAUAGAAAGGAUUGCCUUAGGACUCUUCUUUCCCUCAUCGAGGAAGCUGGGAAAGCUAACAAACUGGCUGAGGAUGCUCGAGUUUCAUAUGUCAAGGAGAGAUUAAGAGCAAAUCCUGCAUUCAUGGAGAGGCUGCGUAACAAGACCAUGGGAUUGCAAGGAAAGAGCACAGUGCCUGCUUGA